AUGGCGCCGAGGCUCUACGCUCGCGCGCUUCGGUUCGCCGCGCCGUCUCUCCGACGGCUCGCGGGCCUCGACCGGCCCUGGCACUUCGUGUACCGCCACGUCGUCGUCCACAGGGCCGUGCGCGAGCGCGCGCUCCGUGUCCUCCGCUUCGCCUUCCAAAAAAGGCGCUGCAUUCGGCUCGCGCUCGCGGAGCUCGGCCUCGCCGUCGACGCGACGCGCGAGAUCGCCGAGCUCGCCGAGAUCGGCGGCCAGACCCGGGAGAUCUUCCGGGGCCCGUCGGCGCGAACGCGGAAGAUCGAGGGGAUCGACGUCGCCCCUCGUAAACUCGAGUUUUAG